ACACUUUGUGACAACCAUUUUGCCCGUCAGUCUGUAUUCUUUUUUGGUCUUGCAUUAUCUGCGAUUGUACCGUAUGACAUUGGAUUGGCAUUACUGCACCAUUUAAUUACUGAUUGUUCGAUGUUCGUCUUGUUUUGUGCUCUGUUAAAUUAUUGUGAUUGUUGAACCAAAUUUGCAUAAAGAUGAACGGUACGGACGAAGAAAGUGAAAACGAAUAUUCCGAAGAAAGUAAGUCCCAGUCCGAGAGGUCAGCUUCAGAGUCUGAGAAAGAAAAGCCAGUGCGAACCGACGAUGAAGAAGAUGCUGAUCUGACCGACGAUGAAGAGGGGGCCGUUGGAGUGACAAAAGCUCCGGCAGAGAAAGAGCACCUGGAGGAGGAGGAUGAUAGUUACAAAACCGAAGGGGAGACUUCACCUCCGCCUAUAUAUCCCACUCCGCCGCCCGAUGACGGAUCGAAGAUCCCAGCAACAAAGCCAGAAAGGCGUAAGCGCAAUGACACUGUACUCGAGAUGGCAAUGGAUGCAAUCGAAGCACUGAACAAUAGAAACGGAUCAUCGGUUCGGGCCAUUGUCAAGUACCUCAAGAGCAAUGGCCAUCCGAUGGAGAACGAGCAGCGCUUUUUUAAGCUGCUGUACAAGGUACUCAAGCUAGCCGUGGCCAGCGGUCAGGUGACGCAGAAUAAAUUUUCAUUCAAGCUUUCGCAAUCCACAAAGAAUGAAAGAAAAGCAUUGGAAAAAAUGAAAGCCAAUAAGGCCAAAGCGGAGAAGAAGGCCAGAGAAAGAGCCAAGGAACAGGAGGAAAAAGUCAAGGCCAAAGAAGAAGCCAAGGCCAAGAAAGCGGCCGAAGAGGAGAACCCGAAACCGACGAAUGGAGCGAAGCCUAAAGAGAGCAAAACGAAAGCUAAGUCGCAACCCAAAGCUAAACCAAAGCCGAAGGCCGCAAAGGCAUCUCCCCCAUCAAAGGAAAAGCCUGCAAAGCCUUCAGAGCGCAAAACAAAUCAACCUAGAAAGAAGACAAAAACUAACGAAGGAGCCGCCUCCGCCGCUACUGUGGCUACCACAUCGAACAAAGCAGCCGCUGGCGCUGCAGUUUUGGCCGCUAUGGAGAUGGCCGGACCAUCCACAAAGCCUCCUAAGAAAAUUAUGACUAAGCUGGUAUUUGAUGAUGAUGAAGACUCCUCCAAAGCGCCUGAGCCUAACAAGGGAAAGGGAGGUGCUAAAAUCAACAUGAUAACAAAGAAGCCCGUGAAAAAAAAUCUGUUUGUUGAGGGGAUACACAGUAAGGCUUUCCAGAAGCAAAUGGAAGCCAAGACACUGCCAGAACUGCCAGACGAGGAUCAAUUUGCUAAUGUUCUGGUGUCCCAGGCCACAUCAACGCCCCAGUCUACGGGCAAGAAGAAAACUCGCAAGCGCAAAUAAACUUGGCCAACAGCAGUUCAUCUUUUAAAUUGCAUUGAUCAUCGUUGACUGUAAUUUAAAUGUCGAUAAUGUUUAGAGAAUUUCUAUUAAAAUAAUUAUUAUACUAACAGAUUUAUUAAACAAAAAAGAAAAGAAUAAA